AUGAAAGGGGAUGGGAGCAGCGGGGAGAGAGGCAUGGGGGAGGUGGAGGGGGAACGGGUGUGGGGCGGGGAGGAGGGCGGGGAACCGAGGGACGAGCGCAUGGAAGGGGAGCAGCAGGGGUGCCGAUGUGAGGGGCGGUGUGGCAGAUUUGAUUUGGUUGUGGUGGACUCGCGGCUGGAGUGGCUGCCAGCGCAGCGCUGUAGCAGCAGUCAGGGUGGGGAGUGUGGCAGCAGGCAGUGUGGCGAGGGCGAGAGAGGGGGCACGAAGGUGGUGGUGCUGACGCCCUACUCCGGCAGCGUGCAGCUGCCGCACCUACCAGGAGUGCAGGUGGCGGCGCUGCCCCGUCCAGUGCGAAAGAUCGCCCUCAACCGCCUCCUCUCCGCGCUCUUCCCCCUGCAUGCUCCCGCCCCCACCUCCCGCCCUCCCCCUCCUGCCAUCCCUGCCCCAACCACCGAGCCUGCAUCUAACCCUGCUGCCAAGCUUGCCACCGAGGCUGAGAGAGGGGCGCCAGGGGAAGAGUGCAGUUUGGGGAGAGAGGGUAGUGUGGAGCAGGAGGGAGAGGACACAAAGGGAGCAGAGGGGGUGGGACGAGGUGGAGGAGAGGAGGGGCAGGAGGGGAGUGAGCGGUGCUGUGAGGCCAGUGGUGGGGGUUGCUGUGAGGGCGGGAGGGUGGCACGAAAAGGAGGGAGAGGCGAAGUAGCAAAGGAAACAAGUGACGGGAGAAGUGCUAGGGCGACUGGUGCAAGGGAGGGAGGGGCAGGUGCAGCAGCGAGAGGGGCGGGUGGGGCAACGCAGUGCGGGGCGGAGCGAGCGGGGUUCAGAGUGGGACUGGUGGAGGCACACCCCCUCCGGAUACUGCUUGCGUACGUGGCAUGGGUGGCAUGGGUGGCAUGGGUGCCAUGGGUGCCAUGGGUGGCAUGGGUGGCAUGGGUUGCAUGGGUGGCAUUUGUGGCAUGGGGUGACAUGGGGUGGCAUGGGGCGGCGUGGGAUGGCAUGGUCUGUCCUGGCGUGGCAUGGAACAGCACGGGCUAUGAGUCCCAUAUGACUUCAACGAUACGUGUGGGUGGGGCAUGCGUGUCUCCCUCGCAUGCUUGUACGUCCAUGCACGUCUCCCUCGCAUGCUUGUACGUCCAUGCACGUCUCUCUCCAUGCCUGUCCGCUGCCCGUGCUUAUGGGCAUGCGUGCAUGGGAGCAGGGAGGACAACGUGGGAGGACAACGUGGUGAACCAGAAGGUGGCAACGAAGAUGCUGGCGCGCAUGGGGUACGAGUGCAGCGUGGCCAGCAACGGCCAGGAAGCCAUCCUGCGCUUACAGGCGCACUCCUUCGACCUCGUGCUCAUGGACGUGCAGGUCAGGGAGAGCAUGGCAUGGACGUGUGCUCAUGGACGUGCAGGUGUGCUCAUGGACGUGCAGGUGUGCUCAUGGACGUGCAGGUGCGCUCAUGGACGUGCAGGUGCGCUCAUGGACGUGCAGGUGCGCUCAUGGACGUGCAGGUGUGCUCAUGGACGUGCAGGUGUGCUCAUGGACGUGCAGGUGCGCUCAUGGACGUGCAGGUGUGCUCAUGGACGUGCAGGUGCGCUCAUGGACGUGCAGGUGCGCUCAUGGACGUGCAGCUCAUGCCUUCAACCUCGUGUGUAUGGUCGUGCAAGUGGGGGCGUGGGCGUGCAGGCGCGGGCAUGCAUGGGAAAGUGGACUCAUACUUGCAUGCACGACAGACCAUUCCUGGCCACUCUCGAGGCGCCUCAAACGUCCCAUCGUCCCCUCCACCCAUCCCCUCGCCCCAUUCCCCUCGUCUCCCCCUCACCCCCUCUCCCCCUGCAGAUGCCAGUGCUGGACGGCAUAGAGGCGACUCAACGCAUCGUGGCGCAGUGGCCUGUGUGGCGCCCCGCCUGCGCGCGCCCGCCCAUCUUCGCCCUCACGGCCAACGUGUUGGAGACGGACCGAGUGCGGUGCCUGGCGGCGGGCAUGGAGGGGUUCAUCGCCAAACCCAUCCAUGUCAACGACCUUGUCAGGGCCGUUGAGUUCGGCAGUACCCGCCGCCGCCAGCAGGAGCAGCAGCGAAAGGAGCAGGGAGAGAGGUGA